AUGCCGAGAGGCAACAAUUGUAGAUAUUCAGAUUUUAAAUGCGACCUGUCCGGCGAAACAGUGUCAUUCCCCAAAAUAAAACAAACUGUCAGAAUAGGAGAAAAACUGGGCUGCGGUGCAUACGGAGAUGUUUUUAAAGGGUAUAUUCUUUCCGAUGAAGGGGAUUCCACCAAUAAAAGAAUGACAUUUAUAGACAAUGUGAAGUCGCCAAGAGAAAGCGUAUUUAACGACAAAGAUACACACCCACAAAAUUCUUUGAUGAACCUAAGGCAUAUCGAAACCGUCACAAUAAAUAGCAACCCUGACCCUGAAUCAUCGAUGAAUAAUCACUACAAUACGUCCAGAACCGUAGAGCCACUUGAAAACAAAAAUGAAGCACCGAUCGCAGACUACGCAAUUAAAUACUUCAAAGAUGAUAGUAUUCAACUUUUGGAUGAAGGGUUCACCUCAGGAACAAUUAGAGAACUUAGCAUAAUGAAAAGUGUUUCCGGUCACCCAAACAUUGUAAAACUGGUGGAUAUUUUCGUAGGUGAACACGAAGGAAUAACUAACAAACUUAAUAAUCAAAUCAGUGAGUUAAUUAAAAGUGACUCUCGAUUAUCUCCCAAAGAGUUCGGGUUCUACCCGUUUAAAAACACACAAAUAUUUGUGCUGGGACUAUACGAGUUCUGUAGAGGAGGUGAUCUAGGUCGAGGAAUAUUUAGAAAGUUCUCAAAGUCAUCUGAAGGAUUCUCGCUCCAAGAAGUUAAGUGGUUAUCUUUCCAACUGCUUAACGGAUUAGCAUACCUACACAACUUGAAGAUUGAACACCGAGAUUUGAAGCCAAAUAACAUUAUGCUGGAUAGAGAAGGGCCAUUUCCAGUUCUGAAGAUUGGAGAUUGGGGACUGGGAAGAGAGUUUAGAUCACUACACGGGACAAUAACGCCGACAGCCUGCACAAUGUUUUACAGACCAAUUGAAGUCAUUUUGGGCUCAAUAUCCAUUCUAACAUCAGAUACAAACAACUCAAAGUCUACAUUUUCUCACAAUUACGGAAUCAACGUUGACAUGUGGAGUGCAGCCUGUAUAAUUGCAGAAAUGAUUACGGGAAGACCGUUGUUUCAUGGAAAUUCUGAUUUCCAAGUUCUAUCUAGAAUCGUAACAAUCCUUGGAAGACCAACGGAGGCCGAAUGGAAAAACUGCUCACUGUCUGAACACUAUCCAUUUAAUGGAAGUUUAUACCAAUUCAAGAUUUCUAGUAAAAAAGAGAACCUAAGAGUUGCCUUGAGGGGGAAAAUCGACGACACAGGGCUUGAUUUACUCCUGAGUAUGCUUGAGUAUAACCCUCAUAAAAGGAUUUCAGCCCAGGUCGCCCUUUCACACAGAUGGUUCUCAGAUAUAGAUUAUAGGCGACUUGACUCCAUUGGAGUAGUAAAUUGUAUAAUGGAUUCUAUGAGGGGGCUCCUAGGGUCCAAAAUGGUGGAUUUAAUUGAGGGUAGAUCAAGGGGUAUCCUCUCCACGAGUCUGAUAUCGCAUUUUUUGCACAAAAAUAGCCCGAUAAGAGAUAAAAUAAUCAAAGCAAUGGAAAAUGAUUACACAGCUGUAAAUUCUGUAAUAAAAUCAUUGGGACUUCCAGUCAUUUUACAGAACGGAGAUUCCAACACAUAA